UCCAUAACCGACCCACAAUAUUUAUAGUCUCUAGCUAGCUAGCAGCAUGUACCCAAACAACCAGGAAGCUCCCUAUUCCAAAUCAGCUCCACCACCUCCAAUUGCAGGCCCGCCAUUUGCAAAGUCUCACGAUGAGCAAUGGUCUACCGGACUUUGUGAUUGUUUUGAUGAUCCCUCCAACUGUCUCAUAACAUGUUUCUGUCCAUGUAUCACCGUAGGCCAGAUUGUGGAGAUUGUUGAUAGAGGAGCUACAUCGUGUCUUGUUGGUGGGCUCAUCUACUAUGCUGUGGCCUCUGUUGGCUGCGGAUGGUUAUACUCGUGCACUUACCGCUCCAAACUGCGGGGCCUCUUCUCACUGCCAGAAGCUCCGUGUGUAGAUUGGUUGGUUCAUUGCUGCUGCUGUGCAUGUUCUACUUGUCAAGAGUAUAGAGAACUCAAACAUCGUGGGGCUGAUCCCUCCAUAGGUUGGCAAGCCAAUGUAGAGAAAUGGAACCGGGAAGGACUGACGCCUCCUAUAGUUGCACCCGGCAUGGCUCGUUAAUGGAGAGGAUUUGUGCCAUAAGAUCUGCCUUCUGUCACUGGAGAAGUGGUGCAAGAAAGAUUGAGAAUGCUAUUUGAUUGUCAAGCUAGCCCUUAAUUCUUGUGCGCACAAUUGUUAUAAUGGCUUUAUAUUCUUUUUAAGACAUUGUCAUAAUGUAUUAUGUGUUAGAAAUAAUUAAAUAACAAUUAUUUCUUUAACCUAA